GAGGCAGCGCCCGGCAGAGCCGCAUCCCGCGCCGCCGCCCGCGGAGCAGCCGGGGCGGCCAGCGACGGCCCCGACGCGGGGACAGCAGCGAAGUUGGCGCGGGCGGCCGGGACCCCGCGGCUCGGAUGCGCCCCCGGGGGACGGAGAGAGCGGGCGGCUGCAUCACCCUCGCCGGAUUUGUGGAUUGACUCCUGACCCACCGCCUCGCCUGGAUUCGUGGGCGCUUCUCGUUGGAUUUUGGCUUGUUUUAUCGUUAUUUUUUUCAGUUCUUUUUUGCCUUUUCUCGGCUGUCCUCGGGAGCUCGGCGGGGGCCGGGAGCGCAGCGGAGGUGAGCGCCGGCACCGCAGCAUCCCCGCAUCGUCCGAACCCUGCGGAGCGUGGGACCCGCGCCCUCCCGCCCAUGCCACUGCCCCAUGGGUGCCUCAAUGGCAGGAUCAUGAAGUGUUUGACUUUUUUUCUUCUGCUUCCAGAGACCUUAAAGAAGCCCAAAAAGACCUCGAGGCCAACCGGCAAGGUGCCGGGAUGCUCUGAGCCCCUGUCCCUUAAGGAGAAGAUGGCUGCAGAACUUUACCCCGCCGACAACACCAACAUCAACAACACCGCCAACAACAGCAAGAAGAACGCCCUGCAGCUCCAGCACAGCGCCCAGCCGCCCCCGCCGCCCCAGCUCCACGCCAUCAACAACAACCACCUGGAGAGCUGCAGCUGGCAGAGCUCGCACCCCACGCUGCGGGAGAGGAACGCGCUGAUGUUCAACAACGAACUCAUGGCUGACGUCCACUUCGUCGUGGGCCCGCCGGGGGCGUCCAGGAAAGUUCCUGCCCAUAAGUACGUUUUGGCCGUGGGUAGCUCAGUCUUCUACGCGAUGUUUUAUGGCGAUCUCGCAGAGGUCAAAUCCGAAAUCCAUAUACCAGAUGUGGAACCUGCAGCCUUUCUAAUCCUAUUAAAAUACAUGUACAGUGAUGAAAUAGACCUGGAAGCCGACACUGUUCUGGCUACGCUGUAUGCUGCCAAGAAGUACAUCGUGCCGGCCUUAGCAAAGGCUUGCGUCAAUUUUCUGGAGACCAGUUUAGAAGCAAAGAACGCUUGUGUCCUGCUGUCUCAGAGCAGGCUCUUCGAGGAGCCAGAGCUGACGCAGCGCUGCUGGGAAGUGAUUGAUGCUCAAGCAGAGAUGGCACUGAAGUCAGAGGGCUUCUGUGAGAUAGAUCAACAAACGCUAGAGAUCAUUGUAACCCGGGAGGCGCUCAACACCAAGGAAGUGGUAGUUUUUGAGGCUGUUCUCAACUGGGCAGAGGCUGAAUGCAAAAGGCAAGGGCUGCCGGUUACGCCGCGCAACAAGAGGAAUGUAUUAGGGAAAGCUUUGUACUUGGUGCGGAUUCCAACCAUGACUUUGGAAGAGUUUGCCAAUGGAGCUGCCCAGUCUGACAUCCUCACCCUCGAGGAAACUCACAACAUAUUCCUCUGGUACACGGCUGCCAAUAAACCCAAACUAGAGUUUCCGCUGACGAAAAGAAAAGGACUUGUACCUCAGCGAUGCCACCGGUUCCAGUCAUCUGCGUAUCGCAGCAAUCAGUGGAGGUACCGAGGGCGGUGUGACAGUAUUCAGUUUGCCGUAGACAAACGGAUAUUUAUAGCAGGACUGGGAUUGUAUGGGUCGAGCUGCGGCAAAGCUGAAUACAGCGUCAAAAUCGAACUGAAACGCUUAGGAGUUGUCCUUGCUCAAAAUCUGACAAAGUUUACAUCUGACGGCUCCAGUAACACUUUCUCUGUGUGGUUUGAACACCCUGUACAGGUUGAGCAGGACACAUUUUACAAUGUAAGUGCUAUCCUCGAUGGUAACGAACUCAGUUACUUCGGGCAAGAGGGAAUGACUGAAGUGCAGUGCGGGAAAGUGACAUUCCAGUUCCAGUGCUCCUCGGACAGUACUAAUGGAACUGGAGUACAAGGAGGACAAAUACCUGAGCUCAUUUUCUAUGCAUGAUGCAUUUCACCUUGAUUGUAUUCCAGUACUGCAAUGAUGCGCACUAAGGGAUUUUCCAUUUUACUAUGAACUCUGCAGCAGUAUGGAAUGUUACGCUACUUACCUAUCUGCUACAUCAGGCUAUACAAAUAAGUGAAGGAAUGCUCUUGAAUUUAAUCUUAUUUUAUUUAUUCAUAAGCUAUUUGACUUAAUAAUUAAGACUGCAACAAGCAGAAAAAUGUUAAAUUUCGCACGUACUGUGCAUUUAUUUUGUAUAUAGAUAACUAACUUGCAGACUGCAGCUGACUUAAACAGAAUGUUCUAAAGUAGAGCAGUUUACAGAUCUGUGAAAUAUAAAACCUUUUUACUUGCCCUAAAUCCUGUGUACUUGAUCCUUGCUGAUCUUACUGUUUGUGUCUGUUAAUUCAUCUACAGUGCAGCUAAUGGAGGUGACAAUACUGUCAUCUGUCCCCUGUCUGCAUCUACACAGGGCAUUAGCUAUCACCACGAAUACAAAGGUUCCCUUGCCUGAUAACUAAGACUAUCCAGCAGCAGCCUUUAUUUUUCCUUCACGGAAAAAAAGAGCUGACAUAUAUGUGGAAGUGCAGUGUUUUUUUGCGUGUUGCCUAAGCUGAAGAUGGGCAAACCAUGAGCAUAUUCAAAGUGGAUCAAAGUCAUCCUGUGGCUAUAUUUGAAAGCUUCUAAUGCCCGUUCACGCGCGUUGUCUGCAUUAACCAGUAAACAGCACCACUGGCCCUUGUACCUGUCAAACUACACCCCACCUGAAUGGCCAGAGUCAAGACAUACAGGCUUAAUGCAGGGACAGGCUUCAUCACAGAUUGAGCUCAGAGCUGUAAUACUGGUGGCCACUAUCUAAAUGUACACCUCAUCUCGCAUUUAAAGAAAUACUUGCAGUAUUGGUCUUUCAGUUCACUCAAAAUCACUGAUUAGAAAUAAACCACCUUAAACAAAAGUCUCUGGGUCUUCCCCCUCCCCGCUAGUCUUUCAAAGACUUUAAGUUCCUUCUAUCCACCACCAGCAGUCAUUUUAUAGCUAGUACCCUUAACUUUUCUCAGGGAUGGAAAUUGGUGUUUCUUCAGGUCUGACAAUCAUUACAGAUGAGCCAAUUAGAAGUAUUUAGCAUUCUUUGUAAAUCUCUCUUCUCAGAACCUUGGAAAGACUACCCAAACAGCAGUCUCAACCAGUAUUUUCUAUCAUGUGUAACAAGUACCUUUACAUUUAACUUAAUGGGCUUUCUGUUCACCUUUCCUUAAGCUGCAUUAAUUUUCGCCUUGAAAUUAAGCUACAAUAUAAAUUCUUCCUGUUGUCUCUUAAGAAAAAAGUAGUGAAAAAUAAGAAGGGCAGCUGAGUUACUGGAAACUUUUUACCAGGCAUCAGGCUAUGCUAACAAAGCCAGCUCACCACAACGGCUGACAGCUGUGUGCUGCCAAAUACUAUCUGGAUGCUGUUACGAUGAUGUUCUAUAUAGGAACUGCUGGUUCUCUUGCUGCAAAGCCAGGGAGUUAUGUACCCAGCUAAGGACAUAUGAAGGGGUGUGCGUGUGUGGUGUUCCCGAAGACAAAGGCAUCUGAUUCUUUUGGUACAGAUGAAGGAGAGUGGGAGUGAGAGUGGGUAAAGAUAAAGGAAGAAAAUUCCUGCGUAGAGGUGGGUAACCGUCACGCAACCUUUCUAUAAAUGCACUCUUUUAAACUGGAAUUGGCACCAACUCCCUUGGCUUAAAAGAUACAAAGCCUAGACAACAGCUUUUUUUUUACCUUCUUAGCCCACCUUCCUCUCACUGUAUUACAAUUUCAUUGAUGACUUACGAAUUAAAAAGUUAAUUAGUGCGCAUGGAAAAAGUUGCUCCUCAUUUUCCAUCAAGCCACUUGUAUUUCAAGCACUGAACAGCUCAGCUACAGGUGAUAGGCAGAUAGUAAAUUUGGCAAACGCUUAUCGAGUGUUGCAUCUCUGUGGAACUAAAGAGUGGCAGGCCUGUGCAAGCUUGUGGACGCACACAAAUUUGUUAUACAUCAGCCUGAACUGCUCUCAGAAAAAGCAACAAAAUUAUCUGUAAAAGAGAACAGCAUCAAGAUCCCCAUGAACAAAAGGAGAACAUGCUGUCAUGGUCAGCGCUGCUCUUCAGCCUGGACUGAUUCCAGCUUCAUUUUUAAGUUACCACUUCGGUAUCUAGCACAUGAUAUACAUCUAUACACACACACA